AUGAGGAAAUUGCACAGUGGAAAAAAGAAGUUGGAUUUUAUUAUUCAUAUUAGGAUAAUAAAAUCUAGUUAUCCAUUUUUAAUAGAUACAUGGAAUUUGUAUGAAGAAUUUGAUAAACCUGUAGUUGAUGAAGAAACGAUAUUAUAUUAUGAUUACAUCUGCCAAGUGGUUCUAGGAAUGACUGAUAGGAAAAAUGAGAAAUACAAAAAUGUUUGCAAGAAACUUAUGAAUAAUUUAGAUGUAUAUCAUAGUGCUACAAGAAUGAAACCAAUAAGUCCUAGUAGUAAACGUUGUAAAACUAUGAACUACUGGUUGUAUCACGUAAUAAAUAAGGUUAAAAUACCGGCUGAGUUAAUUAAUAAAAUUUUCAAAAAAUCCAAUGAUAUAGUAUUUUCAGACCCCGAUAAGCAUAUAUGUUUUAAUACAUAUGAUGAAAAAAUUAUAGAUCCUUUAAAAAUAAUAAAAUUAUACAAUUUGCAAGAAAAUAUUGAAAUUUUUCUUAGUACUUUGAAACAAAAAGGUAGUGAUAAUUAUUGCUUCUGUAAAAAAUAUAUAUACGAAUGUGUUGAUAUAUAUAAAGAUAUGAAUCGUUUGUACUGUACUAAUACAGAUUACAGGAAUAACAAAUACAAAAGUACUUGUGAUAUACUAAGUAGCUUUAAUAGCUCCUAUAUGGAAUACCUUUAUAGAAAAUUAGACGCAGAUGAAAAAAUACCAUCCUUAUUAUCAGAAGAAAAUGAACCUUUUGAAAAAUGUUUAUCAGCACAAGAUAGCAUAAGAGUAUCUACCAUUGAACAUGCUAAUUCUAAUAGUUCUACAACAGGGGGUGUGUCAACAGCUUUUGGCACAAUUGCUGGAGCAACAUCCAUAUUAGCAUUAAUAUAUAAGGUUAAUACAAGGAUAAUUUUGAAUGUAUAA